UGCACCAGACGUGAACUAGGCCUGCACUUUUUCGAAACGAACGCGACAGUGCAGGGAGCGCCUGGGUGCAUUGGCGAAACGAACGAGCGAGUGCAGCACCACCAUGAACUGGUUCAGGCAGUGCAAGUGAAUCGAACGGACCUAAAAUCUUGCACUUGCUGCCGAGUUAGUGCAGAGCGAGUUCAGCCGUUCAGCGAUGGCGGCAGACAACUUGAGCUUGACAGUGAAUGGUGUCGAGACGUCGCUAACGCCGGUUCUGUCACAAGACGGUUUCCGUUUUCACAACGGGAACACUUACGCAUAUAAGACGCCAGAUGGUGCCACGGUGGGUGUCGUCUUUGCUGGGCCAGUCCAGACCAGUCAAGAGCAGUCUACUCAACUUAGCAACAGCCAUACUGUCCAGGCUGUUAAUCAGCAGUCUGGAGCAUCUGAUGGAAGUCAGGCUGCCCAGUCAGACAGCCUGGAAGGGCAGGAACUAUGGACUGGGCCAAAGACUCGGUUCUUGAUUGCAAGAUAUAAAGAACAGAAAGAGAUGGUGGGGAAGAAGGGUGGAUUUCGCACGAAACGUGCGUUAUGGCAAGCGCUUGCCGACGCUAUCUCAAAGGAGUUUGAUAGCAGUGUGACCACCAUCCAAGUCGAGAACAAAUGGAAGUCUCUCGAGAGGGCCUACAAACGGACGAAGACAAAGAAUGGGUCCUCAGGCCAUUCUAGGGUUUCCUGUGAGCAUGAAGAGGAGUUGGGCGAUGUGCUUGAGAAAGAGCACCACAUCAGCCCGACCACUCUUCUUGCUCCAGGGUUAACCAUUGAAAAGGACAGCUCCAGCACUCCAACCGACACUGAAGAGAGCCAGCAGCCCGGCGGACGAGACACAGGCAACUCCCGAACCCCGCACUCCGCAGGGUGGUGAAGCCCACACUUUGCCGGGUGGUAAGAAGCGACGGACGAAAGA